AUGGAUUUCUCAAACCUACUAGCUCAGGAAAUCCGCCACAAGCGAAAAGCUGCUCAACACUCAUCCUCCCGCAAAAGGCACCUGAAGCAUGUGAAGACAGGCGUACAGGACGAGCAGUUGGACAAAGAAAGGGGGGAGGAGAACAGGGAGCGAGAAGAGAAAGAAGAAGGAACAGACGACAAAGGACACGUUAAUGACAAAAUUGAGCCAAGUGACCAAAAAAGUCCCGAUUUUGACCGUAAGCAUGAACUCACGCAACACCAAUAUAAUCAGCAGCAGACCAAAGAAGAAGCUACACCAAGUCUAUUCGACAAACAGGAAAUAGCAGAUGGAAAUCUUCAAGAUAAGAUAGCCACUCAGUGCCGCAAGUACAUAAAAAGCAUGUUAUACGCUUGGGAUGACGAAGUGCAACUGGUACCAGAUUCGCAGCCAAGCGCACAACUCCUAAUUGAAACCAAACGAGAUAUGGUUCCAUUACUUUACAAGCUACGCACUGGAACCAUACACAAAGACUUACUCACAUCAUUGGCCACUACCCUCUACUAUCUCCAAAUUAACGAUAUGUUCCAUGCGAACGAUUCAUAUAUGAAAAUGAGUCUUGGAAAUGUUGUGUGGCCAAUUGGAAUUGUUGGUGUGGGUAUCAGGGAGACCACCACCAUCAAGCAUGCUAAUGUGAUGAUCGAUGAUACCACCAGAAGGUGGAUUACUGCCGUUAAACGGUUAAUUACUAGAAAAGAGAGGCACGUGACAUAA